UUUAUUUUUUCUGUAUUGUGGCGCCAUCUAGCCACAUGCCUAACAAACUACACAAAAUUAUUUUGAAGGUUUUCGGUGCAUCCACUAGGCGGCGAGAAUGGUUUUUUCCCGGCAAGGUGGCAUGGCUUCGGCUCUUUGUGCUCGUACAAUUUGCCGAAGAAACUUUAGCCUGAGGACGGCAAAAAACAACUUCUAAAGAUGUCGAAGUUCUUGUCAGUGGACGAGGCACUGGAUGUCUUUUUCUCCCUGCCUGAUGACCCAAACCAGUCAAGUGACAGCGAGGAAGAAGAAGACGGCGACGAUGUUCCGUCGGGUGCGGUAACCCGUUCGGAAGUCCAGCCGAGUAGCACAGCGUCACAAGGAGCAGCACAGGUGAGUGCGUAUGAUGUGCACUCAAGUGAUGACGCCAGUGAUGAUGAAGAGACUGCAAGUGAGUGGACAAUACGUUCGCUUCCCCACCGAAGCAACAUUCCCGAUUAUUGCUGCCAAACACCUGCAACUCCUAAGCUUCUUCCAACGCACACGCCAAUAAUGAUCUUUGAUGCCCUGUUCGGAGGUGCUUUGACCAUACUCGUUGAGCAAACGAACAUAUACGCCAAAGAAACCAAAAAGAAAGCUUGGCAGGAUACCGCAGCUGAAGAAAUGAAAGGAUUCCUAGAUAUUCUCAUCAGAAUGGGCAUUCUUCAACUUCAAAACAGACGGGACUACUGGUCCACGGACAGCGACCUCGGAGUGGCAUCAGUUAGCCCAGUGAUGCCAAGAGCACGACUUUUUCAGCUUCUUCGAUCACUGCAUGCCAACGACAACAAGACAGCGACUAGAAAAGGAGACGUCGGCCAUGUCCCUUUGCACAAACUUCGACCUCUUAUCACAGAGCUCUCCGAAACAUUCAGAGCUAGCUACCAGCCAUCUGCAUACCACUCAAUUGAUGAGAGUAUGAUUCUGUUCAAAGGAAGGAAGUCAUUCAAACAGUACAUGCCCAUGAAGCCUAUCAAAUGUGGGUUCAAAGUAUGGGUGCUUGCUGAUGCUACAACUGGCUUUAUUAACCAGUUCGAAGUCUACACGGGCAAAGAGGGCGAUGGCGGUGGGCUCGGCUACAGGGUAAUCCAGAAAUUCACUGAGGAACUUGUCGGGACGGAGUGUCUGGUAGUGUUCGACAACUUUUUUAGUUCACCCGAACUCAUGCAGGACCUGUUUGACCACGGGAUAUAUGCCGUGGGAACUGUCCGUGCACAAAGAAAAGGUCUUCCUGAUGUUGUGAAGAACAAAAAGAAAAUCAAUGAAGGCGACCACAACUACAAGGUGAAGGGAAAUGUUGCUGCGAUCCAGUGGCAAGACAAGCGGCUAGCCAACGUAGUAACAACAGACCACGAUCCUUCAGAGACGGUAACAGUGGAAAAGAAAAAUAAGGACGGGUCAAAGAGAAGCAUCAAGUGUCCACUAGCAAUUGUGCAGUACACGAAGCACAUGCGGGGAGUAGACCGCUUUGAUCAGCUGCGAGAGUAUCACACCGUUACUCGUAAGUCAAGAAAAUGGUGGAUGCGAAUCUUCUACUUUCUUCUGGACUGUGCUCUUGUGAAUAACUUCAUCCUUUACCAGCUGUCAGAGGGGGAGGCGAACCACCAGAGUUUUCUCCUAAUACUGGCACGCCAGUUGGCCAACGGCUAUAAUGGAAGGAAAAGCAUCUCACAAGCCAUAAUACACGACAUGCAGAACCAUGGUUUGUGCCGACAUCUCAAACAACAUAUGGACAUGAAUCAAAAAGGCACAAUCUAG